AUGUCGGGUAGUGGCGGUGCUCGUGUGCAGCGGCAGGACUACCACGCCCAGCUACUGCGGCGGCAGUCGACUACCGCCGUAGGCGUGGCAAUCAACCCGUGGCAUCCGCCGCAGGAUGAGGAGGCGACUGCUGCUGCCGGACUGACCGGUUGCGACAGUGACGACGACCAACACGCCCCGCUACCGGCAAAAGUGGUGUCGACUGCGGCUUCGUUGGGCAUUGCGAUGCCUGAGGGCGCGUCUGCACUUGUCCACCCGUCUGUCAAGCGUGAGCGAUGGCGAGCCAUGCGCGCCGCCAGUGACCUUGUCGAGGACCUCGCCAUCGCUGCGGCAGCCGAGGGAAGCUCGCGUGAUCCGCGGAGCAAAGCCUUUGCUCCGCACAUGAGUGCGCGCCGCACGGCUGUCAGGGCAGAGAUCCGCGAAGCUGUCAACGGGUCGCGGGCCGCUCUUGCGCUUCGCGAGCGCGAUGUUCGCCAGUCUGGAACCAUCCCAGCCGUCGCCGACGCGCUGGCCUCGCUCGACUCGAUUGUAUUGCCAUACUUUCUCCGCCAGCCAUCGGUGGCGUGCUUUGACGCCCCAGUUGACCCUUCCAAGCCGGCGACCGACAAUCUUGCCCGUAAGGCCGAAGAUCGCCUGGCGGAUGCAUACUCCACCAGCCUCGGAUGGGACAAGCGCCUGGCAUCUGGCAACGCGCUGCCGUCUCAGGCUCUUGACGCUCUCGAGGCGCUGUAUGUGGCCGACGAUGGGGAAGUAUUCGGCGCGGAAGCGGAGGCCUGUCCACCGGCACAGGAACCUGCAGCGGCCUCCCCAGCUGACAUCGACCCGCCUCCGCUCCCGCCGUCGCCAGGCCUUGGCUCGUUUGCGCACGUCAACGCCAUCAAGCUCAACUUUUCUCAAACCUCAUCGUACCGGAUUGCGUUCAACACGCUCAACCCACGACUCUUUGACGUUUUUGCAGUCCUGCUUGGGACGGGAGUUGCGGUACUGCAGUGCUGUGCCAACGGGAGCAUGCGUCUGCUGCAGCUGUACGAUGAGUCGUCGGCACGUACGCUGUACUCUCUCGCGUGGCUGCACGAGCCGGCGACCGGGCAUGCACUCCUUGCCGUCGGUGCCGCCGAUGGAGUCAUCCGCGUCAUGGACACGACGACACAAAAGGUAGUGCAUACGCUGCGCGGCCACGGCGGAGCAGUCCACGAGCUCAGGGUCCAUCCGCUCGACGACUGCCUCUUGUUCUCGGCGUCAGAGGACCACUCGGCACGGCUGUGGAACGUACAGACCGAGCGGACGGUGGCGAUCUUUGGAGGCGACGGCGGGCACGUGUCCGAGAUGCUUACCCUCGACAUCCAUCCGGACGGCACCGAAAUGGCUACCGGCUCGAUGGACCGGUCGGUGCGGGUGUGGCAGCUCAACACGGUGCGACUGCUGCGGGCGAUGGAGGCGUCCUACAAGGCCGAGGACCCGAGCCGACCCUGGAAGGCUGUCUUUGUCUCGCAUCCAGCCUUCUGGUCCUUCCGCAUUCACACCAACUACGUCGACUCGCUGCGGUACGUCGGCGACACGCUCUGCACCAAGUCGGUCGAGUCGACCAUUGUCCGGUGGACACCGCUGGCGCUGUCGGACCCAAAGACCGGUGACAUGUUCUACGAGGUCUUCAACGACACCGCCCUGGUCUCACACGGCGGCUUUGUCGACGUCCUCGCCGCCAUGCGGUACACGGGCGGAGACUUGUGGUACACGCCGAUGGAUCUCUCGGCAUCGGCCCGAUUCCUCGCCGUCGGUACCUCGCAAUCGCAGGUCUUUGUCUUUGACGUCGACGCCGAGCCGGACUUUUCCUCGGGCACCGCCUCGGUAACUCCGCUGUACACGCUCAACUGCAACGCACCCGGCCUCGACACCGAGGCCUCUGGAUUUGGCACCAUCCGCGCCGUCUCAUUCUCGGCCCAUCCACCAUCCGAGGGCCCUCUCCUUGUCGCCGUCGCUGAUGAUGGUGUCAUUCAUCUGUUCAACUCGGCGGCGGUAGAGCCCAAGCCGCCAUCUGCUGCAACCUCGGCUCGCUGAUCGGGCGAGCGUUCUGCUCAUACUCUUGCAACAUCCCCCCCUACCCCCUCAUUGUCGCUGAUGGAAUAAAACCACAUCGGGCGA